GGGCUUGGCCUAGCAUACAAUGUCGAUUACCGCAGCUCAAGCUUGUUUUCUUUGUUCACUUCCAAAGCAAUCUAUUACUCGCUCUUCUUCUCCUCUAAAUCCUUCUUUUCCUCGCUUUAUCUCUAACUCUCCUGUCUUUGCUGCUCCAUCCACUGUUACUCCUGUUGUGGAAAUGGGGCACAUCGAGAGAUUGACAUCUGGUUUCGAGAAGUUCAAGUCUGAGAAUUAUGAGAAAAACCCUGAUCUUUUUGGUGAACUCGCAAAAGGGCAGAGCCCCAAGUUCAUGGUGUUUGCCUGCGCGGAUUCAAGGGUGUGCCCAUCGGUGGUGCUCAACUUCCAGCCUGGUGAGGCCUUCACCAUCCGCAACAUUGCCAACAUGGUCCCACCUUAUAAUAAGACAAAAUAUGCUGGAGUUGGGGCUGCCAUUGAGUACGCUGUGCUUCAUCUCAAGGUGGAGAACAUUGUGGUGAUGGGCCACAGCCGCUGCGGUGGAAUUAAAGGACUCAUGUCCAUGAGUGAUGAUGGGUCCACAAGCACUGAUUUUAUUGAGGAUUGGGUGAAGAUUGGAUGGCCAGCAAGGGAAAAGGUCAAGUCCACUAGUGGGGACUUGCCCUUUGAUGACCAAUGCACCACAUGUGAAAAGGAGGCUGUGAAUGUUUCUAUUGAGAAUCUGAAGACUUAUCCAUUUGUGAAAGAAGGUUUGGAGAAGGGAACUCUUUCACUUGUUCCGUCUCACUACUGUUUUGUCACCGGUAAGCUUGAGACCUGGUAAAUAAUGAUAAUAAUCAUAAUAAUAAUAAUAAUAACCUCUCUCUGGUCCCUUUUGUAUUAAGUCUUGAUUGUAAUAGACUUAUUAUGAGUUUCUGAUUCGGUGAUAUUAUGUAAUAUCUCUGUAAUUUGGUCCUCUAUGACCAAGAACAAUAAUCUAAUGCAAUCCAGAGUUUAUUCUCGUGCCA